AGGCAUUGCAGAUUUCUUCAUGCUGCUUUUGAUCGAAUGAUUUUAGGUUUUACAUUUUGUCUUUUUCAGCAUAUAGUUCAUGAUCUUCUCUUGUGUAUGUGUACAUCCAUAUGAUUUGUUGUAGACAAGAAAACAUAUGCUUUCUUAGGUAUUGUUCAAGGUUAUAUAUAGGUCUCUAGAAAAAAAAGAAGCAAAAAUGAGCAAGGAACAAAGCUGUGUUCUAAAAGCUUGGGAGGUGACGAUGAGAAAGACCCAACAAGCCAAGAAACGUGCAAACAGUAUUUUUGGGACGGUACCGGUAGCUCUACAGACAGAUGAUGAUGCUACAACAACCGAGGAGAAUGAUGAUCAUGAGAGCAGCACUAACACAAGCAGCGUAGGUGAACUGUACCAAGAAGAGAGAGUGCUUCCCAAUGGAGACUAUUACACAGGUCAAUGGUACGAUAGUUUUCCCCACGGGCACGGUAAAUAUCUAUGGACAGAUGGUUGCAUGUACAUUGGUGAUUGGUACAACGGGAAGACUAUGGGGAAAGGCAAGUUCGGUUGGCCUUCUGGUGCCAUGUAUGAAGGCGAGUUCAAAAGCGGGUACAUGGAUGGGACUGGCACUUACACAGGUCCUAGUGGAGAUACUUAUAAAGGUCAGUGGGUGAUGAACCUAAAACAUGGACAUGGGAUCAAGAGUUUUGCAAACGGAGAUGUGUAUGAUGGUGAAUGGAGAAGGGGUUUGCAAGAAGCUCAAGGGAAGUAUCGUUGGAGAGAUGGGAGCUAUUGCAUCGGUGAAUGGAAGAACGGUACUAUUAGUGGCAAAGGUACUUUUGUUUGGUCAAGGGAUGGUAAUAGAUACGAUGGGUUUUGGGAUGAUGGUUUCCCUAAUGGUAACGGGACAUUCAAAUGGGACGAUGGGAGUUUCUACGUUGGUCAUUGGUCUAAAGAUCCUGAAGAAAUGAACGGUACUUACUAUCCAUCAGGCAACGAAGGGACUCUUGAUUGGGAUCCUAAAGACGUGUUUGAUAAUCUGAGUGAGUACAAGAUUUGUAGUGGAGAAAGGGUUCCUGUGUUGCCUUCACAGAAGAAGCUCUCUGUUUGGAACUCUUCCAAGCGUGUUGAGAAGCCGAGGAGGAUAUCUGUUGAUGGGAGGGUAAGUGUUGGUUUGGAUAGAGCGUUUGAGAAGAUGAAUAUGUGGGGAAGUGAUAGUGGUGAAGGCGCUGCUGAUAUUGAUUCAACUACAAGGAGAGAUUUGGAUGCUGAGAUAAUGAGACUUGAGGCUGAAGGAUUGAUUCAGAGCUUGAGACCUAGUCCUGUGCCUAUGAGAUUGCCAAAGGCAGGGAAGAAGCAAGGCGAGACCAUAUCGAAAGGUCACCGGAAUUACGAGCUUAUGCUUAAUCUACAGCUUGGAAUCAGACAUGCUGUUGGAAAACAAGCUCAGGUUGUGUCUCUUGAUCUUAAGCAUUCAGCUUUUGAUCCAAAGGAGAAGUUAUGGACAAGAUUUCCACCAGAAGGAGCCAAAUACACACCUCCUCACCAAUCUAGUGAAUUCAAAUGGAAAGACUAUUGCCCAUUAGUUUUUAGGAGCCUGAGGAAGCUGUUCAAGGUAGAUCCAGCUGAUUACAUGUUAUCGAUCUGCGGUAAUGAUGCCCUUAGGGAGCUAUCAUCUCCUGGUAAAAGUGGAAGUUUUUUCUACUUGACGAACGAUGAUCGUUACAUGAUAAAGACAAUGAAGAAGUCUGAAACUAAAGUGCUUCUGAGAAUGCUUGCAGCUUAUUACAACCAUGUUAGAGCAUUUGAGAACACUUUGGUGAUUAGAUUCUACGGUCUCCACUGUGUGAAGUUGACUGGAACAAUCCAAAAGAAGGUGCGGUUUGUCAUUAUGGGUAACCUAUUUUGUUCAGAGUACUCUAUCCACAGACGCUUUGAUCUUAAAGGAUCUUCUCUUGGCCGCACAACCGAUAAACCUGAAUCAGAAAUCAACUCAAACACAAUCUUGAAAGAUCUUGAUCUGAAUUUCAUUUUCAGACUACAGAAAGCUUGGUUUCAAGAAUUCAUUAGACAAGUCGACAAAGACUGUGAGUUUCUAGAACAGGAGAGGAUCAUGGACUACAGUCUUCUGGUUGGGAUUCAUUUCAGAGAAGCAUCAGUCGCUGGAGAGUUGAUACCUUCUGGAGCACGCACACCUAUUGGUGAGUUUGAAGAUGAAACAGCCCCUCGUCUCUCAAGAGUAGACGUAGAUCAGCUUCUAUCCGAUCCCACAAGGUGGGCUAGUAUUAGACUUGGAGGUAACAUGCCGGCUCGAGCAGAGAGGACAAUGAGAAGGAGCGACUGUGAGUUCCAGCUAGUUGGGGAACCAACGGGAGAGUACUAUGAAGUUGUAAUGAUCUUUGGAAUCAUAGACAUUCUUCAAGACUACGAUAUCAGCAAGAAACUUGAACAUGCUUACAAGAGUAUCCAGUACGAUCCUACUUCAAUCUCAGCCGUUGAUCCGAGGCUGUACUCGAGACGCUUCCGUGAUUUUAUCUUUAAGGUCUUCUCUGAGGACGAUUGAAACAAGUUUCCACUGUUUCUGGCCUUUUUAGGUUUCUUGUGCGCCAAGAAAUGAAGGCUUAGGUUUUAUAUACUUCCAUUCGGCAAUGGUUAU